CAUGGAAGCCCAGAGGCGAAAUCAGGUUCCUGGGGACCCGGAAAGUUGCUGGAGUCUGGUGAGGGGCAAAUUAGGAAGUGUCUUUGUCGGAGAUGAGAUGGAACCCGGCUUUGGGGCGCAACCGGGCUCUGGGGGAGACUGCCUUUGCCCAGGUGGCAGGCCGCGCCUUCUGGUGGCUGCGAAGAGAAGGAGCGGAGGUUUUAAGAGCCACAGCGCCUCCGCGAGAGUGGAAAGGAGUAGAUUCGCUCGCGCCUGUUGUGCGAGGCGACUCCCCGGGAGACCCAACCGCAGCCCCCCGCCCUUGGCCGGGAGGCCGGGAAAGCCACCAAGGCGGCCGAGAAGGGCCGCGGGGCAGCCCUCAGCCCCUCCUGCGGCGGCUCCGGCUGCUCCUGCUCAGCCUCCCGCUGCCCGCCCCGACUCCCAGCUCUCAGAUCGGCCGCAGGGCUGGGGACAGAGGCCGCGGGGGUCCCGGCUGCUUCGCCCGCUCAGCUGGAGCAGCAGCGCCCCCUGCCGGGGACCUCGCGCAGGCGAGACAGGCCAGACGCCGGAGGCCGCGGGCGGCGGCCCCUUUGAGGGGCGGAACACACCAGAGCUCCCUUUGCGCGGUUCGAAAAUCAAAUCCCUCGAGCCUGGUACCACCAUCGCCGGCCCAGGUCGUCCAGCUACGACAGGUCGAAGGCCAGUGCUCCGGGCCUGCUUCGCCAGGUGGCUUUGGCGCUCGCGGCCCAGGUUCCCCUCACCUCCGCGCCGUAGUUACGCGCGCCUUUUGAAAAGCACGGCGUCUUCAGGUAUAAGGACAAAAACAACCGCGGACACUACACCGUUCGAAAGAGGAAAAAUAAACUGACCGGAAUCUCAGGGCGCGACUUCCGGGGCGACGUGCGGCGGCGGAGAGGCGCUUCCAGAGCUUCCCACCCGGCAGGAGGCCGCGGCGCCGGGACCUCGCCUGCCCCCACCGUGCGCCACCCCUCGGGAGACGCCGCGAAUCUCUCCAGGGAGCCCCAGGCUUCCGCGGAGACCCAGCAAGGACGGGCAGCCGGCCGAGACCGGCCGAGACCGGCCGCCUUGGGCAACAGCAGCGGACACGAGCCUCCGGACGCCCGCUGGGAGCACGGGGAGGCACUGGGCUCAGGGAAGCUGCGCUCCGAGUGGCCUUGGGGGAGGGCCAAGGAGCCCGGGCCCCGCGGCGGCCGGGAGUGGACGCGACUGGUCCGCGUAGGCCGCAGCCGCUACCUGAGCUCUAUCUGCUCUAAUGGUUGGGGUAGAUCCGCGGAGAUGCCUGAAUACCAGGCCCAGAACUUCCCCAAAGUGUAUUGUUGUAGACAACAGGCCCAUUUGGGCAUGAACAAAGAACAAGUUUCAUCCAUUUUUCUGAGACAUUCAAAGACUCAAAUCUAGACACUAGUUUCUCUGAGGUAGAAGUGUGGCGGGGCGGGGCAGGUGGGAAUACACUGAAAGUUAGGGUGAGGAGCUUGCUUCUUGUCUAUUUUGUCUGACUACAGAUUUGCAAAAGGAGCACCCGGCUUUACUCAGUAAUACCAAGCCCUCCUAGAAACUUACCCACUGAACAGCUUCACAUGGCAUGAUCGUUUGAUGAAUCGCUUUUUAGUUUCCCAUUCCGGACAAAUAUCCACCCAAGAGAACCAAUCAUAACACUGGGUGUAUCAAUACAUGUCAAGACUCUCAUUUCUCUGUAGACAUGAUAAAUAAAUGUCAAUUGUUGGUUUUCUGUAGACUUGUGAUCACCCCCAAGAACUGUCAAACUGUCGUCUUCCAGCUACCAGAAUCUGAAGCAUUGUCUAAUGUGCUAUGUGUAUAACGAUAUAUCACUAACAGCGA